AUGUCUAUAAAGGAUCCACAUAUUGAAUACGAAAUUAAUACAGCAGCGCUUCAACUUUUGAAAUCAACUGAGCCUGAAAUUGCUAAUAAAUUUGAAGCAGCUGCUUUUCCUUCAGAACAAGCGAGAGAAAAUGCGGAAAUGACGUUAGACGGCGUUGGAAGCGACUAUAUUAUCAAUUUGCUGAAGAAGAAAGCUCCACUAACAACAUUUCCAUCAAUUAUUUAUAAUUCGUUGAAAUUCAAAACCGAAAAUACUCAAAAUUACGCAAAAGAUGCAGAAAUUUAUAUCAAAAGACUGAAAGAAUUAAAAAUUACAGCAAGGAUACUUGGACAUACACGCUCAAUUCGAAGUAUGAGCACUGAUCCAACUGGACAAAUCUUGAUCAGUGGUUCACAAGAUACAAACAUCAAAGCAUGGCAUGUUCCAUCACUUUCUUUGAUGAAAUCGUUCAAAGGACAUGAUGAACCAGUCUUACAAACAGAAAUUUCUCCAGAUAGGCGAUUAGUUGCAAGUAUUGCAGAAGAUUCUACUCUUAGAUUAUGGAGUUUAGAAACUGGUGCAGCAAUAUACAUGUAUUAUAUGCCAGAUGCAAAACAAAUUAAUGAAAUUUCAUUUUCACCACUCAAUGACUUAAUAGCUCUCGGAUCUGAAAACGGAAUUAUGCGAAUUCUUAAAAUAACCGACUUACCGAAAGAAAUUUCUAAUCAAGAUAAGUUAUUUGAUCAAUUUCUUGAUUUAGUUCAAAUUCCCGACGUUUUUCCACAAACAGAAGACUUCAUUGAAUUUUCCAACUACAAUCCCAUGGACUACAUCAAGAGUUCCCUUGAAAUUGUUCUCGAGAAAAACUACAAAUCUCCAAUUACAGCAAUUUCCUUCUCCCACGGAGGCUAUUUGGUGGCCUCCUCCCUCGAGAAUGGCGAGAUCUUCAUAACGUCCGUAGACAAUGAGCACCAAUGGCGCUUCAAAGCCCAUGAAGCCGGUGCAAACGGUUUAAUUUGGUUCAAAAACUCUCCGUUUACACUUUUAACUUGGUCACAGAAGGGCGGAGAGAUCAAGCUAUGGAAUCUCAAUGAUACUAUCGAGCCAUUGGUCAGUUACUCCGUUGGCGGAAUUCCAAGAAGAUUACAUUUCGCCGAAGUCCAAGUUUCAUGUGACGAAACGUUCUUAUUUGCAAUCACGGCCAAUACCUCCUAUGCAUGGUGUAUCUCAGAUCCUCGUCCUAUCUAUACUUUUGACGCAUCAAAAGAAAAUUUCGUUUCCAUUUCCCCACAUCCCAUUGUUCCUACGAUCAUUGCAUUUGUUUCCCGUGCAUCUGUAUUCGUAUGCGAUCUAACACAGCCAGAGCCACUGAACAAACUUGAAAUUCCAUACGAUGCACCACGAAAUCAGUUCGUUGCAUGGCAUCCCAGCGGAUUAAAGUUGUUCAGUGGUGAUACUGGUGGCGGCAUCGAUGUUUUCAUCGUUGCAAAGAACCCAGAAUGCCACCAAUUCCAAGAAUAUUUCCCAACAGAUUUCACAGCAUCGGAAUGGGUACCAGAAGUCGGCCAAAUAGAAGACACAACACGUAAACCAACACAUUUGUCACCAACAAAUGUAUUAAUUGACGGUACAAAAGCUGUAAUUAAUGACAAAUACGCUCCGGUAGAACUAGAAUCGCUCAAAGCUCACGCAGUUAUACCAUCACACGUUAUACAUAGCCGUGCAAUGGAAAGAUCGUGGGCAAUGGGCAAUCCAGAGCUUAAAAUCGACAGUUACCACAAAAGUCGUGGUCCAAAUUUACGCUGCAAGACUGUCAAACAGAAAAAUCCAAAUUCUCUUUUAAGGUCAGCAUCGCAGAACUUGAAGCAAGCAAUACAAGCAGCCGUUGCAGCUGUUAACCCUCCUCCACCACCUCCACCUGAAAAGGACGAUUCUUCUUCAUCGGAUUCAGAUGAUGAACCAACAUUCCACAGAGGAAGAGGAAGGCCAAGGGGAUCGAAAUCAAGAGGAGGAAGAGGAAGGGGAAGACCGUCGAAAUCAACCUUGCUCAGAGAUGAUGUCUCUUAUACAUCUAGUUCUAAAAAUAGAGAUCCUUCGUCAGAAGAAGCUGUUUCUACAGAUACAGAAUAA